UGCUUCCUGCCAAAAUAUUGAAAUUUACAUCUUACAAGAUACAACCAUUUAAUAACGAUAAAAAGACUACAUACCCUUAAUCCAAUAUACACCGACCGUUUUAUGAUCAAUAAUCAUCUUCGUCUAAAAAUAUGAAGCGUGCCUUUUCCGGCGUUUUCGCUGCAGUGAACGUCUUUUAUAAAGUUGCCGUCGUUGCGCCUCUAAGGGCGUUCAUAAUAUGGUUCAUAUACGGAGCGUAGGCGGACUCGAAAGGAUUGUUCAAGAAUGAGGAUGUAUCGUGAGUCAAGCGUCUCGUUUAAAGGCCAAGAGGAGAAAUGUUGUUUCUAACGUAAACGACUUUUGGUGAAAUUUACAAUGAAUAAACUUGUGCAAUUUUGAACAAAAAUUUUCGCCUGGCAAAUUUCGCCAGUGGAAUGAGAUGGUUGUGAGUUGUGACGUAGGUGAAACAAUGGGUGAAAUCAUUCUCGGUUUUUUCUGCAAAAUGUUCAUUAUUAUAUAAUUUCGUUUGUUUUUUUUUUUGUCUCUCGUUACUCGACGUAUUUUUACUUGAUCGCGAGCAGUUCAUUUUAUUGCGACAGAAAAUAUUUCCAAGGGCAGUACGCCUUUGCCGAAUAUGAAAGCCAGAUAUACAGAUUGUAUCAAAAAAGCCGAACAUUUAUUUUAUAGAACAAUAUACAUUUUAGUCGCCUUUUUGAUACACCCUGUAUAAACAGUAAUCCCAAGCCAACAGGUAUUCUCAUUGGACCGUUAAGACAUGGUUGAUCACAUAAUUAUGCUCCUCAUUGCCAAAAUGGGUUAUUCAUAUCAACUUAUUCUUAUUUAUAUAAUUGGUUCGUCUUUAUUAAAAAAUACAAUAAAUGCAAAAGAUUAUCGACCUUCCGCUGAUCGAGAUAGAGAUGGUGGUGUGAAAAAAGUGCAUGGGAGAUCACUUGGAGAACUACACAGACGACAAACUGAAACAACAAACGAGAAAGAUAGGAACAAUCUUAUACUGGCCGCGCUGUAUGGUGGCUUGGGGCAAGGUAUUUCCACAACAACGUUCGACUACGCAAAUGGUUUGAACCCUGAUAUAGAAAAAGUCGGCGGAUAUGGGAUACCACCUGGUAUCUACUCGUACGCAUUUGACCCAAAGACUGGACUACCGUUUGUAUGUGACCCUACCAAAACCCCAACAGGAGGUUCCCCCCAAAUGACAGAAGGAGGAGGAGCAGUUAGCAAUCCAACAGUAACAAAAGCUGUGGCCGACUCUAAAAUGAAUGAUCUACAAUCCAAGAAUAGAGCAUCGAAUGGUACUUCCACUGCAAUGAAUGCAAAUAAAGAAGACGUACAGAGGACAUCGAAGCAACGUGUCUCCGUUAUGAUACCUAUUUCGAUGAUCGAAAACACGACCAAAAAUCAUCGGAAUUCAAUGGUGGACGAUAAAGCUAUACGAUCCUCUUUAAAUGACGGCCACUACUUGACUUCAUUAUAUAAUAAACUCACUUCAACAUCAAGGCAAAAGUCAGUGUUUUUCGAAAGAGGACCUACUUCACAUGAGUCUACACUUUUGCACUUCUUCAAAAAACCUCUCUUCGUGAAAUUAUUUUCAAACCAGCCGAAGGAAGACAAACAGCAGACCCGAGUGAAACUUCAUAAGCACAUGGAUGAGAGUACAAAGAAAACGACAGUAAAAUCCACAUCCCUGCAUUUUCACAAACUUUCCAAAAGAACUUACGCCCUACAAAGAUCAACUCGAAAACAUACAGACAAAAAGAUAAUGUCGACCAAACCAUACACAAAAUACGAUGGCAUUAUACUAAACGAUCGCUACAGAACGAAUACUCCAGAUUUAGAAUCCGGCGAAGAGAUCGAAGAACCAGGAGAUCAAAAUCGAACGCCUUUAACAGAAAACUUCUACGUUCAAUCGAAGAAAAAAAGUGGAGAUAUGAAGAAAAUUAAACCCAUGAAAGAUUUUCGAAAGAACAUUCGGAGUUCAACUUGGUCGAGAAAAAAUGGUAUUACCAUUAAACUGCCUGAUAUUCCAGCCUGUCCCGAUAUGAAGAACUAUCAUUGGCCUUGGAAUUGUUUAGAAAAAGACGGUACAGCCGGCAAGAAAAACUGUAUACUCAAGACAUUACGUACGCAAGGGAAGCACAAUAAGAGGAACUGAAUUUAUUUAUGUAUGUUGACUAAAACAAAAGAUAAAAUAUAGUAGAUCUUACAUAAAACACGAAUAUAUUUAUGUAUGUUGACUAAACAAAAGAUAAAAUAUAGUAGAUCUUACAUAAAACACAAAUAUAUUUAUGUAUGUUGACUAAAACAAAAGAUAAAAUAUAGUAGAUCUUACAUAAAACACGAAUAUAUUUAUGUAUGUUGACUAAACAAAAGAUAAAAUAUAGUAGAUCUUACAUAAAACA